AUGUACGAUCGGACGUGCGGUGCAGCCGCGACCGGUCAGUGUGGAGAGCCACAACGCGAGGGUGAUGGACCAGCACCGCGAGAGCCUCCGCCUGCUCCGCUUGAACGCGACUACAGUGGCUUUGACAUCGUGAAAGCCACUCAAUACGGUGCCUUUGGCCGCGUGAAAGAACUCGUUGAAGCCGGCUGGGACGUGAACCAGCCCGAUCACGAAACCGUCACUUUACUCCAUUGGGCUGCUAUAAACAACAGGCGAGAAAUCAUAGAGUAUCUGCUUUCGAAGGGAGCUCUUGUAGAUGCUAUUGGUGGAGAAUUGCAAUCCACGCCGCUACAAUGGGCAGCGCGGCAGGGGCACUUGGAAGCGACGGUAGCUUUAAUGCGUGCGGGCGCAGACCCCUCACGCCGUGACGCUGAGGGCUGCGCCAGUGCUCAUCUGGCUGCACAAUUCGGGCACACAGCUGUUCUGGCCUAUUUGGUAGCGCGCGGACAAUCGCCAGACGUGCCUGAUGCUGCUGGAAUGACACCUCUCAUGUGGGCAGCUUGGAAAGUGACAUCUGUAGAUCCUUGCCGAUUACUGCUCUCACUUGGGGCAUCACCCAACCCUCAAGACAAUUCACAUGGCAACACUGCAUUACAUUGGGCUAUUUUAGCUAGAAACAGUACAGCGAUAUGUACUCUGAUACUUUAUGGAAAUGCAAACUUAGAAAUACCAAAUCAACGCGGUGUUACGCCAUUAGCGAUGUUACAGAAUAAUCCUAAUGCUAUCUGGAUUGGAAGCAAGGUGGCCCAGAAAGUUAAAGAAAUGACUACCUCAAGAAGUAACUUUUUACGUAGGAUAACAUAUGAUAGAAAAUUUCGAUGGUGGUGUGUAGUUACAAUACCCUUUUUGGCCUUUUAUAUAACGGGCAUGGUGGUGGAGAUGGAAGCACUAUACCUGAUGAAACUUUUAAUACUCCUCUGUUUUUACAUUGUGUUGCAUUUCCUCACCAAUUUCCUAUUUGAUGAUGAACUCAAGAAUAUUUUUCCACUUAGUGUUUAUUUAGCAACAAAGAUGUGGUUUUACUUGACGUGGAUGGUGGUAAUCGCUCCCGCGGUGGGUGUAGCGGCCACGCUUGGCUUUCUGGCGAGUUCGGGGUUACUCUGGCACACGUUUCUACAUUCCUGGCGUUCCGAUCCGGGCGUCAUCACCGCUUCGCGUAGCGAUAAGCUGCGCACGAUUCUCGAACUCUCCGAGACGGGUGGUGGCGCGUUUGAAGCGGCUCGCUUUUGCUCUGCGUGCCUUGUGCGGCGUCCGCUGCGUUCGAAACACUGUUCAGUAUGCAACCGCUGUGUGGCCAAGUUCGACCACCAUUGCCCCUGGGUUGCUAACUGCAUCGGGGCGCGAAACCACAGGCAUUUUGUUGGAUUCCUCAUUAGUUUGAUGGCUAUGUGCGGUUGGAUGGUGUGGGGUGGUGUACAAUACUACCAGACCGCUUGCCCGGCAUCUGCCUUCUCCUGGCCUUACUGUAACGCCUGGCUGGCUUGGGUACUGGUUAAUGCAGUGUUCCAUCUGUUUUGGGUUACUGUACUGACCUGUUGUCAGCUUUAUUUGGUGGUGUGUCUGGGUAUGACGACGAACGAGCAGCUAAACCGCGGGCGGUAUCGGCACUUUCAGCGCCUGGGCGGGCGUUCACCAUUCUCGCGGGGUCCUCUCAACAACUUGGCGGACUUCCUUCAGUUACGGUUGUGCGGUCUAGCUGAACCGCGCCGCACGGACUGGGCCACAGCUGGCCUUGAUGAAACGGAACCGUUUAUUGCGCCUCCUCAACAAUACGUGUGA